CUGGUCUGAGGGAACAGAACAAAUCAAUCUCACUAUCUUGUGAGUGAGUGAGUGAAAGGCUACCGACAGAGUAGCAGCGGCAGGUGCGGCCCCUGCAUGUGUCUGUCAGCCUGUCAAGGUGUUCAAGAUGGUGAGGCUUGCUGUAAUCUGGAUGGUGGUGUCGGCCAGCGUGUCUUUCGCUGCGACAAAAGAAUAUUUUUUGUCCAGCACAGUGCAUGGAAUUUGUGUGCCAUUGAGCAUCCAAACAGGCCAAACCACCUAUCACACAGUCUCCCGCAUACUCUGUGCCAUGCUGUGUGCUCAGGAAGGGGCACCGAAGUUCUCUUUUACCAACGACAACACCUGUAACCUGUACGGCGAAGGUGGCAUCCCUAGGUACGCGUCGUCCCGGCACACCUUCCUCGUCCUGCCACCUCCAGACUCCCUACAAGACGUGGCGACGGGAAAGCCAGCGAGUGCAAGCAGCAUUUAUCACCAGUUUGUUCCUGCCAAUGCUCUGGACAUCGAGACAAACGCGACAGAUACCAUGUACCACUCUCAGGAAGAGGAACAUUCCUGGUGGCUCCUGGACCUCGGCGAGACUCGCACCAUUCAUGCUGUGGAAAUACUUUCCCGCCUGGACAAUUCCCCCGAGAGGCUACAUGAUGUUGAGAUUCGUGUGGGUAGCAACUUAGCGACAAACUACGAAGACUUCUCCCACUACAUUUAUUUCUCGACAUACGCUGGUCCUUACUCUGCUGACCAAGGCCGCCUUUCCUGCUUCAGAGCCGACGGUGUCAGCGGCAGGUUCGUCGCCAUCAUGAAGGUCAAACCCAGUGAUACAGAUCAGCUGCAGCUCGUUGACGUUAACGUGCUCGUUAGAAAGGAGUAAGGAAAUUUCUUCCCUGAAUCGUCUCUCUUUCCCUCAAAACAUUACAAGGUUAUGUGGAUUUUUAAGGGCUGAGUCGUCCUCUUAGAAAUAAUGGUUAUAAGGAAGUCUUUGGCGUGAUUCAUCUCUCAUUCCUCCUUAAACGUCCGAAGUAAUAAGGCAAUUUAUGAUCUGUGUUGUUUCUCAUGGCCAUUUAAACGCAUACAAGUGGCGAGAAAGUUAAUGGGCUGAGGAAAGUUAAGAGAUGAAUCGCCUCUCUUGCCACUUUAGGCAUUAAGAAAUCUUGAGAAUUUAUUUUACAUAAGUUGUCUAACGAUGGCCCUUAAAGAUUAAAAAAAUAGAAAGUAAUGAAGUAUCUGGCCCGAGUCGCCUCUCAUACCCCAUUUAAAGAUUCCUGAAGUGAGAUUGAGAGUUUGGCUUCAGUGGUGUUGAUAAUUCCAAUAAGCUUCAACACUCUUACAUUGUACAACGCUCUUUCUUCACCCUAAAGUCCUCUGGUGUGAUAAUCCUUCACUCGUCAGGCUUUAUAAGGAAACUUUUAGCAGAAUUCAGGAAUUGAGGUUGACAGGAAAUACUAGAAGUGGAAGCAAAUGUAAUCUCUCACUCCAGCACUAACCACGAUUAAACAGCCAGGUGUUCAAGCAAAGGAUACACAGUAAUUCUUGAGUAAAGUCACAGAGUCUCCUAUCACUUUACUAUCUUGACACUAGUGAUGCGUAUAACACUUUCUGAAGAUAUUUAUUACUACAACUAACUCAUCACUUAGCGAGGUGAUUUACGCAAUAAACAGUCUGAACGUUUGUGUUCUCAUAAAUACUGCAUUUAAAGGAAACAGUUAUCACUUGGAUUAUCAUUUUCUUCCAAUUCAUAAGGUCGAAUAUUUGUGAAACUACCACAAUAAUCACUAAAAACAUACGUGAAGAUCCCAAUACCCUACAGUGGCGUUUGUUUGAUUCACUGAUGAGACCCAGAGACGUAAGGCAUUGUAGCCUCAGAAUAAAUCCAUGUGUUUGCUAAUAAAGUCAU